AUGACCUCCCUACUAAAGAAGGAUGUUGCUUUGGCGCGUCCCAUGUUCGACCCGCUCCCUGGUUCAGUUCAUAUCAAGGCCCUCGUUAAGCGUACAGCGUUGAAAAAGCACCGCCUGUCCGACCACGUUCUUGGUUGCAUCUACCUUGGUUUGUACCUAGGUGUGUUCAAGAAGGUAGAGGCAGAUAUCUUUGAAACGUGUUUCGUCAGGGAUGUUAAACUCGGAAAAAUUCAUGUUCACUUCGGAGAGGCCUUUACUGAUCCGGAUGGGAACGUGAUGGCUGUAAACGGGAAGCUGUUCUGUGGCGACGUCACUAACUUCGCGGUGUCUACGUACACGUUUGACACCACCAACCAGCAUCCCGGGUUCCAUGACUGGGUCAGUGAUGCCCUUUACGCUGGCUCUACCAUUCAUGACGAAGACGCCGCCCCUCUCAUCCAUGCCGCUCUCAUCCUCAACAUGACAAUGUUGAAAGAAAUUAUGGCCGUCAACGGCUGUGGCAUUGGAGAACUCCUUGAGCGAACCUUGGUAGAUACACCAGGGAGAAAGCUACGCCAAUUAGGGAUAAAGCUUAUCCCAAAUGAUCCUACAGUAAUGGAGAAGACCUACCAGAGUAGGGGAGGAUCGUGUACCGCGUUUACGUUAAGAGUCAUUAUCGAGGCUGGGCGAUCCUUUGACGAGUUUACAAUUGGAAGCAACAAGUUGCAUCGGGUAGCAUGGGAUAAUGACUAUCUUAUUUGUUCUUCCAAGAAGAUGAUGAUGGUUACAGAACCAUCAAACUUUCGAGAUGGAGGAUUCAUGGAUCCUACACUUAGAAAUUCCAGUUUCCAACAGGAGGAGUAA